CUAUAACACUUGAAAAUAAAAAUUGCGCAUAAAUGCAUCCAAUUUGAAACGAACAUGAGGUGGAAUCUUAUCCUUCUGAUAUUCGGAGUCUGCAUCUUUGCCAUAAAUGCCAACGAUGAGACUUACAAAAAACAAGGAUCAUCGCUUAAACUAAACAUAGAUCUGCUAGCUUCAUUUAGCUUACUCGCCGGUCUUUUACUCCGAGGCAAAACUAAAGGUGAUCUAAAUUUUGGUGAAGAAGAAAAAAAAAUGUCUGAACUUGUUCAACCUGGGAUACGUGACCACGCAUUUAGAGCAAGACUUUUAGAUGAUAAGAAGUUAGAUAUUAAUCAUCUAAAAAAAGUAAUGGAAAAGUGGAGUAAAGAUGAUAUUAAUACUGUGGCAAAACUAAUAGAGAAGUUUUUCACUGGACUUCAACAAGUGGUAGAUAAAGUGUCACGUGAUCAGCUGAACAGUCACUAAAUACACCCAAAUAAAAAAAUGCCGUCUUA